AUGUCCGACCACACCAAAAAGCCCCGCCAUCGUCACAGCGCCGUCCAGCUCGCUGCCCUCAAUGCUCUCUACGAUCAGACAGAGCACCCUUCCCUGGCCCAGCGAACAGAGUUGGCGCUAGCUUUGGGACUAGAAACAAAGAGCGUCAACACUUAUUUUCAAAACAAGCGUGCCUCACUGAAGAAGCAGCCACGAGGCAUCUAUGACCACCCUAGCUCAACCUCCCGCAAAACCACGACUUCUUGUUCUUCCUCUACUCCCCCCCUCUAUAAUCCUGUCCCCAAUGAAGACGACGACGACCGAGACCUCCAUCAGGUACAGCUCGAUCAUAGACAGCCGGUUAAUCAAAGUCAAUAUAUUCCUGAUCCAAAUUCCGCCCAACACCUUUCUCGCGCCCAUGUCGAGGAACUCUAUCAGAUUCGACUGCGAAACCCAUAUCCUACCAGCGACGAGUCCAAGAUGAUAGCAGAUAGGCUUCAAGUGCACCACUCCACCAUCAAAGAAUGGUUUAGGCUGCAACACCAUUCCAGCCAAGACGACCACCAUGCCCACCUUCCUCCUCUAUCGGAAGCGAUUCCACCAUCUUUGAGGCUGCCUCCCAUUACGACUCUGCCACCAGCAACAAGCCAUCCAUCACUCGUAGGCUCAGAAAGUCUCCGACCUAUAUCAGACGAUCAAUAUUACCCACGUCAACGGUCCUCGUCCCCCCGCAACAAAACUCCAUAUGGUUCAUCCUCUAUGACCAAUCCUCAGCGACGAGGUCGGCCAGACUCGAUUCAGCUUGAGGGCCUUCGUCGGUUGCUGUUCAAAACCCCGAAUCCAACCAUCGAACAAAGAACCGCAUUAGGACGGGAGAUUGGCAUGGACCUUGUCAAGGUUUCGAACUGGUUUCGGAAUCUCCGACAAUCAAAAGCCAAGCGAGAACGACGGAGACUCGCUGACAUCGCAAGCGGUGCAGCGAGUGAUGAUGAAGCCCAUUCCUCUUAUGCAGGGAGUGUCGUUGGCGAGCGGGUUUAUCUCUCCUCGUCUACGUCUCCCUCGCGGUCAGAAACACCUCCCCCAUCAGCGACAAGCUCGAGUGGUACUAGCUCGCGUUCUGAUGACUUACAAGAGGCUAGGGCUGCUGCUGAGCGGUCCCGAGCUUGGAUGCGACGUUUAGUCCAUUCUAGCGAUGAAGAAGAAGAGGCGCAAGAGGCAGUCACGCCAGCAUCGUCACCUACCGUCCCUUUAAUGCAUGACUUUGCGAUGCCCGUGGACGAUAAGCCCACCGCCGUGCCCUACGAGGACGCAUUGCUCCUCCUGUCGUUCCACCAGCGAGCGACGACCUUUUGA